AUGAACUUAUUCGCUAUUUGGUGUUUGUGUUCGAUUAAUUUAGUACUAGGUGCUAAUAUACUGAAUUGCCCGCCGGAGGGGGUGAAAUUCGAGAAAGUCCUGGGCCUUCGUCCGGCGAAUUCCUCGCGACCGGAGCUCCUGCAUCGGUCCCCGUCGACGGCGACUCCGGUGACUCUGGAAUGCAUCGCCAAGUGCCAGGCGAACCAGGAAUGCGCCAGCUUCGUGUUGUACUACGGCUCCGCCACGUGCUACUGGUACCGGAGCAUCGCGAACGCCACCGAAGAGGAUAAUGUUAUCGACGAAAAUUCGGCUUGGUUCGUCAAGAAGUGCUUCUCUAACGAUGGGUCGUGCGGGAAAUUGUGGAUUUUCGAGCGGAUUCCGGGCGCUACGCUGAUAGGCAACGAUACGAAGGAGGUACCGGGAGCGGUGACGAGAAGCGAGUGCGAACGGUACUGCCUCGACGAGACCCAAUUCACGUGCAGAUCUGCCAAAUUCGCGAUAAUGGACGGUGCGCCCAGCUAUUACGAUAUGGGCGGAGUUAAAGGAAGGUGCAUCCUAAGCGACGCCGAUAGACACCAGCUACCCUCCUCCUUCAGGGUGUCGAGUUACAGCGAUGAAUAUAUCGAGAACCAAUGCGCUCCAAGCACCAACUCCGGUGAUGAAUUCUGUGCUUACGAGGAAUACGACAACACUACUUCGACGCACAUCGAUUUGUUCUUUCCAAGCAAAACCAAAGAGGAAUGCCAGAAAUUGUGCGAUGAAUUCGAGCAGUUCAAUUGCCGAGCUUACAGUAUUAUUAAAGGCGACGCUUGCUAUUUGCACAGCGAAGACAGCAAAAUUUACGGGCCCAACGCGUUGAAGUUCCUCGCCGGUUCUACUUACUACGAAAAGGCCAAUUGUUUGAACAUCACGGUGUCUUGUUCGGAAACCUACAUGACCGUCGAGUACGAGCCGGACUCGAAUUUCAACGGUAAAAUGUACAUGGAAGGAUUCUCGGAUAAUCCGGUGUGCUCCGCUCCCGGGGAAGGCCGGUUCCAUCCGGUAUCGCUGAAGAUACCUCUGCUGACCGGACAAUGCGGCAUCAUCAAAGCCGAUGGUCCCGUGAAUAGAACGCUGCUCUCCGGGAACUUGUUGAUCCAGUUCAACUCUCUCAUACAAACUCAAAACGAUCGGUUGAUAAGGGUCGGGUGUAUUUUCGGUAACGAGACUAGAGUGGUCGUGGGGACAGGAGUUCAUGUAUCCCCUAUGCAGCCCAAUAAAGGUAGCGUGAUUAUAAUACCAACGGAAAAUUCAUCAGUACCGAACGUAAUAAUGAAAAUAGUGGAUCCUAAGACGGGUUUGGAUAUAAGCGAUACGCAAAUAGGUCAAGAGCUUCAGCUUCAAAUCAUCCUAAAUCAACCGAACAAUCUGGAUAUUUGGGCUAGCCAUUUGAUAGCCAUGACCGAAAGAACGGACGAAUCGAUAUUCCUGCUGGACGAUAGAGGUUGUCCCACUGAUCUCAACAUAUUUCCCGCUUUGAGGAAAAUCGUUACCAAAGACCGUAUAGAACUUACGGCCGUCUUUCAGGCUUUCAAGUUCACCGAUUCUCCUAUAGUCAGAUUUAGCGUAAACAUCCAGUUUUGCGUCGGGGAAUGCCCGCCGGUAAUUUGCGGCACGAACAUCGUAUCGCACGGGAGGAAACGGAGAGGUUUGAAAAUCGAAACCAUCAACGGCACGUCUGUGAUUAAAUUGAAUAGAAACGAUCUGAGACACAACAAAACCAGCGUCAUGUUUCAGAUGCCUUUAGAAUACAUAAUGAUAGUCAAAGACUCGAAUAAGUACCAAGCCGAUAGGCUGGUUACAGCGGAUAACCAAAAAAUAUUAGUCGCUGGUUACGAUUACAUAACCAACGAAGUGUGCUUAGAUUACUCUCUAGUUAUAGCGCUCAUCGUGCUGUGGGUGCUGGUGCAAAUAUUCUUUGUUAUCGGCAGUAUCGUGUUGGUGAAACGGUACAAGAGGUACUAUCAGCACGAGUGUACCAGGCAAUCGAUGGAGGAGCUUCACAAGAACUUCGGCAUCGGGUUUAGUAAUUUGGAGAAUAGACGAGUACAUUGGGCCGAUAACGAGAAUAUCCUAUAA